CAAAAAACUAAAGAAGAGGAUGAUAUUGUAAAAAAUUUACGGAAUAAUAAUAUAAAGAAAGAAAUAUUUGUUGAAUUUCAGAGUGAAGAGAAAAUAAGAGACAGACAUAUAGAAGAGCUAAAUGAAAAUUCCAUUGAUCAUAUAAAAUAAAUUAAAAAAAUAAAUUAUCUCAUUUUGGCCAAUAUAGCAAAUAUAAAUGAUUAAUUAACUAUAUAUAAGCAACACAAAAAGCAUGCAAUACAUUAUUAUAAAUAAAGGGGAAAACAUAAGAUAUAAUAUUUAAAAAGGCAUGAUAAUAAUAAAAAAAAGAAAAAUAACGAUAACGUAAUAGAAAAGAUAAAUAGAUACGUGAGAGAAUCUGAAAAUGACUCUAAUGAGGCAGAUAAAUCUGAAAUAGGAAUUAAAAAAUAUUACGAAUUUUCUUAUGAAUAUAAAGAGAAGAUGAAUGAUCAUUUAAACAAAUCUUUACUUUUAGGAGAAAAAAUUAAAAAUCAAAUAAAAAAGAACGAUGUAAUGAGUAUAUUGAUAAAUAUUCAAGAUUAUUAUUAUGAUAUUAAAAGUCUAUUAAAAAAAUUAAUAGGAAAACUAACUAAACGAACAAAACAAGAUAUGGGUAAAAAAUAGGACAAAGAAGAAGCAAUUAAUAAGAAGUUUUUAGAUUAAUUGAGGCUAAUUGGGAUUCUAGAAAAUUGUUCGGAUAGCGUUAUAGCAGAAAUAGAGACAUUAAAGAAAAGAGCACAUUAUAUUUUGAAUUGUUCUGAAAGUGCAUUUAGAUAUAUUUCAAUAGAGAAUGGAACAGAUGAAAAAUAUUUUUCCAGUAUAUUAAAAAUGGAACAAGAUAUUUUAAAAAAGGAUUUAGAAGUUUUUAAAAAAAUGGAAAGUAAUCUAAUUUUUUUAAGUACUGAAUUAAAUAAACUAAAAUAAAUAAAAAUAGUUGAUAGAAUGGAGAGUGAAAUGGAGACAUAUAAAAAGUCUUAUGAAGGAAUUUUAGAGGAGAUAAAAAAAUAAGCUGAUAAAGAAAAGGAAAGAAUUAAAAUUUUAAUAAGAUCAAUGCACUUAACAACGAAAGAAACGAUUUCCUUUAUUGAUAAAUUCAAAUUAGAGGAAAAUAAUAUUAUACAAAAAUUCGAAGAUACUAGAAUUAAAUUUAAUGGAAUAUCUGAAAUAUUUAAUAAAUCAUAUAAAAAUAUAUAACAAUUUACAUUAAACACUUUGGAAUCUACUACAACACGUGAUGAUGUAAAGGAUAAAAAGGAAAAAUACAAAAUAGAAAAAGAAAAUAUUAAGAAACAAAAAGAAGAAAUGGAAAAAUUGUCAAAUAUUAUUAGUGAUAUUAAAAAAAAUGAGACUUUAAGAUUAAUAUUAUUAAUGAAGAAGAAGUUAGAUAAAGUGAGUGGAAAAGCUGAAGAAGAAUAUUUAGGAGUGAAAAUGAAUAUAGAAGAUAUCAAGAAAAAUGUUGAAAAUAUAAAAAAUUCGGAUACUGAAAGCAACAUAUUGGAUAAGUUCAAAAAAAAAAAAAGGAUAGUAAAAUACGAAUAUAAAGUAAGACAUUCUCCUUAUAAGGAUGAAGUAGAUGUAACUUACAGUAAUCUAGAUAAAGCAGUAAAAUUUAUAAUUAUGAAUAUAGAAGAAAUAUCAAAAUCGAAGGAUUAUGAAAGCAUAAAGAAUAUAGAAGAUAUUGUUUUAACGAUACAAGGAAAUUGUGAUGAUAUUGAUAAAAAGAUAAUAGAGAUCAAAAAUACCCUAAUAAAAUCUGAGAGUAUUUAUAAAGAAAUAAAAUUAAGGGAGGAAAUAAAAAAAAAAUAAAGGACGUUAAACAAAAUUGAUAAUAUUAUCUCUAUAAUAAAGGUUUCACUUGAUAAGCAUGAAAAAUUGAGAGAUAAGUUUUGAUGAUGAAAGUAUGAUUCAAUUUUUGAAGUAGGUAAAGAGUAUGAAAAAUUAAAAAAUAUGUCAAAUGCUUACAUGAGGACAUCGAAUGAAAUGGAUAGAGAAUCAAGAUUAAAUAUAAUAAAAAAUGAACUUGAUGAUAAUAGGUAUGCUUUAAAUGAUUUAGAAUAACAUGUUAAAGCAUCAAAAAUAGACAAAGACGAAUCUGUUAGUCAAAUGUUAGAGGAAGCAAAAGACAGAAUUGAUACAUUUGCAAAUAAAGUAAAUGAUAGAUAUGGUAAUGUUUUAUAAAUUGAUGAUAAAUCUUUUGAUGAGUUAAUGGAAUUAGGAAUAAAUUACAAAUUAUUUUUGCAAUCCAUGAUUAUCACAGCUGUCAAGGUGGAAAUAUCAAAAGAUGUGUUAAUAAUGGAGAAAAAACAAAAAUAUGCUGCAGUAUGUGUGCAAUAUAUUAAAAAUGCUUGUGAUUAUAUGGCUAAUGAUAUUAAUACAUUAAAUGAAAGCUAUAAAAGUAAUAUCAUAAGUGUUUAUGAAUCAAAUAAUGUUGAGAACACAAGUAAACUUUUACAUGGAUUUAAUUGAAAAGGAGAAGAAGUAGUAGCAACACUGAGUAUUAUACAGAAAUAAUUUUAAAAAAUGAAUAAAAAUAAAGAUGCAUAUAAAGUAGAUGGAUAUUUACAGGAAUUAAAAAAUAUUUAUGAAAAAUUCCAAAAAGAAAAUAUAUAAAUAGAUGAAAUUUUUAGAGAUAUAAAUAAAAGUAAAUUAAAAGAAAUGGAGAAAAUUGAUGAGAAAUUUAUUGAGAUAUCAGAAUAUCAUAGAACUAUUGUAAGAGAUCAAAAAGAAAAAAUUCUAAGAAGUAAGAAUAAGUUAAAGGAAAUUGAAGAUUUUUUAAGGAAGAAAGAAGAAAAUUUGAGUGAUAUUGAACACGAAAAUUUAGAAUAUAUAAAAAGGUAGAUAAAAUUUAUGGAGAAAUUAUGCAUAAAAUUGACAACAUACGAAUUAGAAAAUUAUAAUAAUAGUGAGAACAGUAAAAUGAUAAUGCAUAAAGAAAAGAUAUCUUAUUUAAUAGAAAGAAUAAAGUUUUUGUUGAGAGAUGCAGAAAUAUAUAAACAUGACAACGAUUACACUUUAUCAGAAGAAAUGAAUAAAAAGAUAUUAGAUGAAGUAAAAAAUUAUAUAGAAAGGAUUAGGAAAGAAGGAAAUAAAUCAAAAAUAAUUUUAGAGAAUAUAAAAAUUAAUGUAAAGAAAAAUAAGGGUACUUUUAUUAAAAAUAAUGAUACCAUUCUUUUAAUUCAUAUUGUUAUGAAGAGUAAAAAUGAAAUAAAAAAAAAUUAUCGAAAAGAAGCAAUUGAACAAGAGCAAACAAAUAAAAAAAGUAAUAAUCUAGAUCAAACUUCUCAAAAUGAUGAAGUAAAUAAAGAAUUAAAUAAAAAUAGUGCCAAUAGAAGUGAAGAAUCGAAUGAAGAAAAUAAUAGUGGUAAAGAAAAUAAGGUCGAUAGUGGAAAAGUUGAAUUAGCUGGAGGAAUGUUAGGUGGUUUAUUAAUAAGUUGUUGUGUAAUUGUCACUACUUUAUAUAAAAGUAAGAGUAUAGAAAAUAAUAUCGAUGAAGAAAAUUUAUGUGAAGAAUAUGAUAAUGAUAGCUAUUUAUUUAAUUAUUGCGAACUUUGUGAAGAUAUUGAAGUAACUUUUAUGGAAAAUGAAUAUCUUCAGAAAAAAAAUUAUGAUC